AUGAAAAUGGCGGUGCAAGAUGGUGGGGGAAAGGAUGAGUUAAAAACACAGUUUAUAACAAGGGAAGGAACUUACAGAUUGAUGACCCUUUCGGAAUAUUCAAGACCCACCAGGGUCGGUUAUACCAACAAUCAAGGCAAUGCUGCUGUUCGUGUGUCGUUUGUUACGUUGCCUGAUCCAAGUGGCAACGGUGACAGGAUUUGUUUCAAUUUUGGCAGGGAACUUUAUGUUUAUGUUUAUAAAGGUGUUAAAAAGGCAGCAGAUCUCACGAAGCCCGUAGAUAAGAAGAUGUAUAAAGGAACAAACCCAACGUGCCACGAUUUUAACGUCGUUACAAUGACACCCGAUAGUGUUUCACUGGUAAUCGGUUUCUCCACUGGGCAAAUUCAGCUCAUAGACCCUAUCAAGAAAGAACUGAGUAAACUAUACAAUGAAGAGAGGCUGAUCGACAAAACAAAAGUAACCUGCAUCCGAUGGGUCCCUGGUUCGACAAACCUUUUCUUGGUCUCGCACAGUAGUGGACAACUGUACCUGUACAAUGAAGAGCUUCCAUGUGGCACUGCACCUCCUCACUAUCAAACUUUCAAACAAGGUGAUGGUUACACUGUGCAUACGUGCAAGACAAAGAGCACACGCAAUCCAUUAUACAGAUGGGUUGUUGGAUCAGAGGGUUGUUGUGUUAACGAGUUUGCAUUUUCACCAAGUGGUACUCAUCUUGCCGUCGUCUCACAAGAUGGUUUCUUGCGUGUUUUCAACUAUGACACUAUGGAACCUGCUGGGAUUGCACGUAGUUACUUUGGUGGUUUUUUGUGCGUGUGCUGGUCACCUGAUGAACGUUAUGUUGUUGUCGGUGGUGAGGAUGACCUAGUCACUGUGUGGAGUUUCGCAGAGAGGCGUGUUGUGGCACGUGGUCAGGGGCAUCGAAGUUGGGUCAGUGUUGUAGCUUUUGAUCCUUAUACAUCGUAUAGCAGUCAUGAUGAUUUUAGUGGAGGUUCAGAUGAGGACGAUCCAACAGAAAGGCACCCAGUAAACAAUGAACUAGGGCGUGUUAACACAGCUACGUGUUAUAGGCUAGGGUCUGUUGGGCAAGACACUCAGUUAUGUUUGUGGGACAUAACGGAAGAUAUUCUCAAGCAACCACCAUGUCCACCAAAGCCCAGGGUAACUGGAACCACAACAUCUAGUUUGUCAAAUGCAAAUGGAACAACAUGUCGUGCUAAUGCUGUAGGAGCAUCUCGAGGCAACACUUCUUCUCCGCAACAGACUGAUAACCCAUCAGGGAAAGAUAAGGACUGUGUAGCUGAUGGUAACCUCUCAUCACAUAUGCACAAUUCUACUGGUCCGUCUCUAACACAGAGGUUAGCAGGUUUUGGGUUUGGUGACAGAAAGGAUGCUCAUAAACGGAACUUCAGCCUAGCAUCUCGAGGUGGUAGUGGAAGUGGGAGUGCAGAAAAGAGUGGUCAUUCGGCAGCUAAUCGUUCUACUGCCGAUGAUCCGAUGAAACUCAUUGGAACAGCUGCUUGUCCUCGAUUUGACGAGUGUCCUGUGUUAGAACCGCUUGUGUGUAAAAAGAUAGCUCAUGAAAGGUUAACUGCACUCGUGUUUAGAGAGGACUGUUUUGUGACAGCAUGCCAGGAUGGAUACGUCUACACGUGGGCCCGACCUGGGAAAAUGCCGUGUCUCUUGGGGCAGCCACACGAGCACUGUCAACCCAUAGGCCAGCUAUUGCUGGCAACCAGGACAACAGAAGCUUCUAUCCAUCAUCGCAGUUCAUGUUAGCAAGCCGCUUAACUAUUUGAAUCACCUCUCAUAUCUUCCUGUUGAUGGGACCAGUGCCACAUAUUCCAUCGAGUCCAACUGCGGUGACUGCCCCUUCUACAUCCACACCAGCUGGAGCUGUUACUUCCAUGCCUGGAGGAACUGUGGUAUAGCAAGAAUCCUGCCCUGACUGCUGCUGUGACAGGUGUCGCAGGGCGGCAGGUGCCCAUUCUGGUCGUGCUCGUGCUGUGCUGACUCUUGGAGCUUGGUGGGCAUCUUCAGCGUGUACGUCUGCCGCCACUCUAUAGUGUGUUCCUUUCCUGACUCACCAGAAGCCUUCUGGAAUAACUUGCUAAAGCCACAUAAAGAGUUUGUGUAGGCUUGCAGCAUGACGGGAGUCAAAACUGAGCAGUGCAGAUCAAUAAUCGUUGAUGAUUUUUUUAGUAUUGCUUUGUGUGAAAGUGUGUGUGUGUGUGUGUGUGUGUGUGUGUGUGUGUGUGUGUGUGUGUGUGUGUGUAAACAUGCAUACUACUAUGCAUGUGCACAUGUUGUUAUGUGGAUGGACAUACAUGUGUAUGCACAUUCUUGUACAUAUAUACAUAUAUUUUUUGUUUGUCUCAAAAGUUUGUUGAAGAUAUUUAUGAAAAUUUUGUGUAUAUGAAGUAUCAUUUCUGUGCUCAUAUCAAUUUCCUUGGCACGGAUCUGGAUUGUGUCUUCUUUUUCAGUGAGCAUCUUGCAAAUGUAUGAAAGUACAUAAGAAUUAUUGCAAAUUAAUUUCAUUGUUUGUAUGACAUGGUGCUGUCAGUCAAAGUACUCAUUGUUUGUCUUGAAUAUCAGUAUCUUAAGUUAAACACAGAAGAAAAGCUCUCUCCACUGCAUGCUGCAGUUUAUUUUUAGUAA